AUGGACCAAAUUUGCUGUUACACUUUAUUUUAUUCAUAUAAUUGCUUAGAUGAUGGCGGGUUCGACCCGAUUCCGUUGAAGCUGGAUCAAAAGAUGGCGCAGAGCUAUGAAGAAUUGCCGGAGGAAAUCUGGGAGUUAAUACUGGACGGAUUGGGCGAUGAUCGACACUCAGAGUUGGAAUCACUUUCACUCGUAUGCAAACGAUUAUUGGCGUUAACUAAUCGCCUCCGUCUCCGUUUCACCAUUGUUGAUCAGACGUAUUUCAUUCACGGUACCAUUUCUCCCCUAAUUCAUCGAUUUAGACACCUCAAAACCCUAGAUCUCAGUAAAUUAAAGCACGGUUAUCUCGAAACCGCUCUUCACGAGGUCGCUCGUUCUUCUGUUGCCUUGAAUUUGGAAAUUCUUGAUAUCUCCAACCACGAUUCGAUACCAAUUGAAGGUUUGAAAGAGUUGGGAUUGAGUAACAGAAAAAUCAAGGUGUUGAGAUGCGCCAAUGUGAUCAAACUGCGGGAUGAGGAUUUGAUCUCGAUAGCAAAAUUCCAUCCAGAUCUGGAAGAAUUAGACGUCAGUUUUCCUCGUCAUAAAUUCACAAUCUCUGCGUUUCGUAAUCACAGUAUAAGUGAACUUAUGAUCACCGAUGAAGGAAUUCAAGGUUUGUCAUCCGGUCUCAAGAAUCUGACCAAAAUCAACAUCUCCAUGAACCAUCUUCUUACAGACAACUCUCUUUCUUAUCUAUCUUUAAAUUGCUUGCGCUUACAAGAGGUGUCAUUCAUAGACUGUACAAUGAUCACCAUGGAAGGUGUUCGAUUCAUGUUGCACAAAAGCCCUAAUAUAACAUCAAUCUCCAUGCGUCUCAUCUCUAAUCUCCAUAGAUAUUCUUCACUUUUCAUCAACCCUACUACCUCCGGGAAGACCUUAAGCAGUCUCCACUUCAAAGAUUCCGAUAUUUCUUACGAAUUCCUAGAAGCAAUCACAAAAUCCCAAAUCCAAUUAAAAAGCAUCUCUCUUUCUAACUGCAAAGGUUACACCAUAGAUGGAAUCUGGAACCUCCUAUACAGAUAUCAAUCUCUCGAGUUUCUCGAUCUUUCCAAAAACGAUUCCCUCAGUGACACCUCCAUCACAGGCUUAUCUCACUAUCUCCAUCAUCUUAUCACCAUAAAGCUCAACUUCUGCAAGCUAACAAGUAAAUCCCUGUUCACUCUCAUCAAAAACUGUCCCUCUCUUGAAGACAUUGAAAUGAAAAACACAGAUCUUGGUAAAGAAGAAGAAGAAGAUACAGUUAUGGGUAUUGUAAUUCACCCAAAUUCAAGUAUCAGGUUCUUGAAUUUAUCAGGAAAUGCAAAUUUAACAGACAAAUGCCUAAUCAAGAUCGCAUCCCUUUGCCCUAAUUUAAAGCUUCUUGAUGUGAGCUCAUGUUCACGUAUCACAUCCUCCAUAGAUGAAGUCUUAAAGGUUUGUCCUGAAAUUAUCCAUUUAGGGAUUGAAGAUUGUUUAGGGGUAAAAAACAUAGGAUUAAAUAAUGAGCCUUUGAGAUUAAAGAAAGUGUAUAUGGGUAAAUCAGGGGUGAAUGAUGAAGGAUUGGUGGGGAUUGGGGUGAGGUGUAAUGAGCUUGUGAAGAUAGACAUGAGAGGGUGUUUUCAUGUGACAACAAGCGCUGUAAAAUAUGUUGUUAAAAAAUGUGAGAAAUUGAAGGAGAUUAAUAUGAUGGGGUGUCCUAAUUUACACGUGUAUAUGGUUGAUUGGAUGGUGUUUUCAAGGCCAUCAUUGAGGAAAUUGGUCCCACCUUCUUAUGCUGUUACUAGUGAACAUCAACGCAAGCUUCUUUUGCGCCAUGGAUGCCAAAUUUGUGAUAAGUAGGUUAGGUUGCUGUUAUUGGAGUUGAUGUGGGUGUUUUGGUCAUUUUGUUUGAAAAUAAGUUCACUUGAAGUUGCAUUUAUAUUUUGUAUUCUUCUUGGUUUAUUUUGUUUGUUUUGUAAUUAGAAUUUGUUUUGUUUGAUUUGUAAUUAGAAUUUGUAUUGUUUGUGUUGUAAUUAGAAUUUGUUUUGUUUGUUUGUAAUUAGAAUGACAUGUAGAUUGUGAAACAAAUGUGUG